GGAACAUCUAAUGUCUACAAGUUAUAAUACUGGAUUAGCCAUUAAGAGCGGGGUUUAACGGCGGCAUGCCGUUCUUCUAGCCACCUAGUGUCCCAUCAUGGUCGGUUCGGUAAUCUCAAAGCACGUCGCCAGGCAUCGCGAAAGCCGUCGGUUGACAGAAUCCGCGUGGGAGCUAAAAGACAGAAAUCGAAGCAGUGAAAUUGGGAGGUAUAAAAGGGGACCCAAUUCAGCUCCACAUCGAACCUCCAACGAAAGAAGCGUCGCCGUUCAUUUGCCCGCUUCACUCCCCUUCCCCGUCGCCUCCUUUCCCCUGCAAACCCCCCGCGCCGGGACCUGAGGAAGCCAUAACGAGCGCUUCGUGAGCGGACCCUGGCGGACACAGUGGAUGUGGUGGAGUCCGAGCACAGCCGCGGGAAUGAACCUGUGCGCCGACGACAGCGCUUCCAUGAUGGAGGCCCUCAUCGCCACCGCCGCCGACCUUCAGGGAUGCCCUUGGGCGGUCGUUUCUCCUCCUCCUCGGCCGCCGGCCCCCGUGACGCCUUCCGAUGUGUCGAGGUCUUUUUCCGCCACGGCGACGGCACCGGUACCGGCGCCGCACCUCGACAAGGAGAUGCUGCAUGAGCGGCUGCAGGCACUGAUCGAGGGGGUGAGGGAUAGCUGGACAUACGUCAUCCUCUGGCAGUCGUCGGUGGACACCGAUACCGGGGAAUCGCUCCUGGUUUGGGCCGAUGGCUGCUACAAGGGCUGCGAGGAGGACAAGCGGAAGCAGCAGCCGGCGGCGGCGAGCGCCGCGUCAGCCGCGGAGCAGGUUCGCCGCAAGCGGGUGCUCCGGGAGCUCAACUCGCUCAUUGACGGCGAUGAACGUUCGUCGUCGGCGAACGAGGCGGCGGAGGAUGAGGUCACCGACAGCGAGUGGUUCUUCCUGGUGUCCAUGACACAGUCUUUUGUCAAUGGCUCCGGUCUCCCCGGCCAGGCCCUCUUCUCCGGUGAUCCCUCCUGGCUCGCCGGCGCUGAUCGUCUCGCGGUGGCGCCCUGUGACCGCGCGCGCCAGGCGACGGUCUUCGGGAUCCAGACAAUGGUCUACGUCCCCGUCAGCCCCGGCGUGCUCGAGCUCGGAUCGACGCAGCUCAUCAGCCACAGCUCCGAGAUCACGAGCAAGAUCCGGAUCCUCUUCGAUUUGAACUCCCUCCAGAUGCCGCUAGCCAACGCCGCCGCCGGAUCCGUUCUCUCGCCACUGUCGCUGGCGGCGUCGACUCCGGUCAAUCAGGGCGAGAUCGAUCCGUCGGAGCUCUGGUUCGCAGAUCCCUCCUUGGUCGAGAUUAGGGACUUCGUUUUGCCCAACUCUGCUUCAGUCGAGAUUUCCGCCUCAAAGCCCUUGAUCCACUUCGAUAGCAACCAUAGCUCGCGUACCUUAAGGGAGAACCCUAGUCCGUUCCAGAUCCAGCAAUCCAACGGCCAAAGACACCAACAGCGACAGCAGCAUCAGAGCAGCAGCGGCAACGACUCCCAGACCCAACCUUUCUUCGCUAGGGAGCUCAAUUUCUCGGAGUUAUUGCACACUGGCCCUGCCGCCCCGCUCCAAUCCGUCAAACCCGAGUCCGACGAGAACGGAAACUUCAUCGGUAGCAAGAGGAACUCCUCUGCUGCAAUUGUCGCCAGCAACCUGUUCUCCAGCCACCAGAUCGCUGCCGCGGUGCCCGACGACAACAUGAACAACAGCUCUACUGGAGCCAUGUCUAUGCCGAGAAGCAACGACGAGGCGAAGCUUGUGUUCUCGUCGGCUCCGGCCCGACCCUCGUCCAUCGCGCUAAUGAAGUGUUCCCCUGGUGGCGGCAGCAUCGGCGACUUCCUUGAGGGGGCCGACUCGGACCAUUCCGACACGGAGCGCUCGAUGCGGAAAAUGGGGAGCAGCCUGCUGACAGACCCGGAAAAGCGCCCGCGGAAGCGCGGCCGCAAGCCUGCCAACGGCCGCGAGGAGCCGCUCAACCACGUUGAGGCCGAGCGGCAGCGUCGCGAGAAGCUCAACCAGAGGUUCUACGCCCUUCGCUCGGUCGUCCCCAACGUGUCCAAGAUGGACAAAGCCUCCCUCCUCGGCGACGCCACGACCUACAUCAACGAGCUCCGCGUCAAGCUCCAGUCACUGGAAUCCGAGAAGGAGGGCCUGGAAGCCCAGGUCGAAGCCCUCAGGAAGGAUCGCCAAUCCCCCCCCGCCCGCUCGCCUCAUCUAGGCGAGACCACGAACGGCAACGGCCGAUGCUACGGCGUGGAGAUGGAAGUGAAGAUGCUGGAUUCGGAGGCGAUGAUUCGGUUGCAAUGCCAGAAUACGAAUCACCCAACCGCGAUGCUGAUGUCGGCAUUGAAAGAUCUCAAUCUCGAUGUCUACUACGCGAGUGUGUCGGUGGUGAAGGACCUCAUGAUCCAACAGGCCACGGUGAAGAUGUCGAGCAGGGAGUACACGCAAGAGCAGCUCAGCUCCGCACUGUACUACAGAGUGGCGGCCGAGCCGCCGCCCGCUAGUAGAUAGUUCUUGGCAGCAGUCCGACCCAGGGUGGAGUGCUUCCGGAAAAGGAUGCUGUGGUGGCUAAGAUAUCUGCUGCAGUCACCGGUAUACUUGGUUGCGGGAAAGUGCUUACAAGAAUGACUCGAGAGAAACUCCUCCUUCUUCAGCCUUAAUCAUAUGAUACUGUGAAAUUGAAGGACGCAACGGAGAUGGCGUCAGGAGCAAUCAUCGAACGUUGCGUCGAGGCCCAGAGGGGGAGGGGUGGGUUCCACUAGCUUUUAUGGGUUUGUCCUUGCAACGUGGAGUGGUCCCACAAGACACCAAUUUCUCUUCCUAGUCCCCACAGAAACAAUGUGUGACCCAAUGACAGAUUAGGAAUGGGACGCUGAACGAUGGUUACCGGAGGACGAGUCAUGAAGGUGUAAAUUAUCAACCUA